AUGGCGUGCCAACCUAAGAAGUUUGAGGCUAACCCGAAGAACUGGACUGAAUGGGGUUGUCUGAUCGACUACUGCCUUUCCGAACAGAACAAAGACGUAUGCGAAGUUGAAUUCAGCAUGGGCAUCAUGAUCGUGGUCAUCGUCUCCAACAUCAUCAAAGUGAUCGCAAUGACGUGGGUGCUGUUGCGGUAUAAUGCCGAGGAUAUUCUUGCGACCGUUGGCGACUCUGUCUCGAGCAUUUUAGAACGAGAAGAUGAAAUUACCAGGGGCAUGUGCCUUGCGGGCUGGCACGAUAUUGACCGCGCUUGGGGAUAUCCGGGGACGGGCGUACUGCAACAGUCUCGAAGGCAACGCUGGGCCAGAACAAUCAGUCAUUCGGAAUUACAACUCUUAAAGCUUCUGUCAGUUUUGGAGACGACGGCUUGA